CAUAAAGAUUUAAAAAAUUAACUAUUAUGGACUGCCAGUAUGUGGGAUUGAAUACGAGAGAAAAUCAAUCGCUGCCAGCCGCCCGCCUCCGUUACCAAGGCGACCGCGUAAACAGUGGGGAGACGUCGCGACGGCAAACGCACGUCUCGCCUAUGUAUCUUUUGACGGCUUUGUUUUGAAUAUUUUCGACAUAAUUCGUAAUUUCCGUUUGUUUUGAUUGUGUUUAAUUUGGAUGUAAAGGAUGGCUGAAGAAGGAGCGACGACUGUUGGGGCGGCCGAAAAAGUAAUACACACGUAUCCACUGAUAAGGCAUUCCGACAUGACGGAAGAGAUGCGGAUAGAGGCGAUGGAGUUAUCAGUGACAGCGUGCGAGAAGUAUUCUCAGAACAACGAGUUGGCGGCGCGCAUGGUGAAGGAGUCCAUGGACAAGAAGUUCGGCCCCGCCUUCCACGUGGUGGUCGGAGAGAGCUACGGGUUCGAAAUCACGUACGAAUGUACGACUAUUUGCUACAUGUACUUUGGCGGCAACCAGGCCAUUUGCAUAUGGAAGUGUUCGUGAGGACUUUUUGUGCAGACUUUUGAACUAUAGAAUUGUGAUUGGUCAGACCGGUCGUGUGUUGGCACAUGAUAGUGCUUUGUGUUGUUUCGAGGUAUUUGUUUCGUAGAUAUACUUACAGGUUGCUCGGGAGUAUUUUUCUAUAACUUCAAGGUGAUACGAGUCUUAAGGAAGCGAAUGUAGCUACUUUUUUUUCAAGUUUUUGUACAAAGUAAUUCAAACAAUUCCGACUAUUCAUGUAACAUAACUAUCCUUGCGUUUUAAAAUAAAUACCUACGUAAAAUUUUGCUAAUUACGUCAUCAUUUUAUGGACGCGUAAUAAGGAUAAGGGAUAAGGGACACAUUUUAAGAUCUAUUUACAAAAGAAAUAUUGAAUACAUGUUCCUUGAACAUUUUUAGUUAAUUUUCAGUAAAGAAUAUAACCCCAGAGUUAUGGGAAAUACUCCCCAGCACUUUGUAUGGGUGUCUACAUCUCAAUAGAGUUAACGGUAAUUUAAAUAAUAUGUCGACGGUUGAAAAGAAAGAGAUUACUAUAACUUCACUUAUUAAAUUUUUCAAACAAGUCUCAUUUAGGCAUCCGUAUUCUAAUGUCUAUGAUGCAUAAACAAUUGAAAAUUACAGCAUUAUCAGCACCUACUUUACAAAAGAGGUCGCCCACCAAGUCACUCGGCGACCGGCGUCUUUAAUAGGUUUACUUGAGACUUGAGAGAUCAAUCAAGUGUUUAUUUCCAAAUUCCAGUUCUACUGAAGUGUAGGUUACAGAAUCAUCUUUCUAACACUUUACAUUAGAAGAGGUUAGAAGUACCUAUCCACUGUUGGCUCAACGAGUGUGGUAUUGAUCGGAUUGUGCAUGUUCGGAUUCGGAGCAACAUCAAUAGAUAGGUACUACGUAUGCUAUAUGGGGAAAUAAGUAGAUACGGGGGAGAACUAGGGUGCCUCGCUUGCUCUGUUAGGGUAGUUUAGUUAGGUACCUACCUAUUACAAUUAUUAUGGCUUCCUUGAAAUUGAUUAGCUUUGUCGUUGAAAAUUUAAAUUCGUUCUAUUGUAAACUACUUUAGAAGGACUUUUGAAGCAAGUUAGUGUCCUUUUCUUCAUUCUUCAAGCGGCUUCAAUCAUGUAUACCUAUGUAAUUAUUUUUCUAUCACGUCAUCUUCGUCCAUAUCAUUAUCUAAAGGUAUUUAUAUCGUUUUAAUUGCGGCAAAACGAGCUUGCAGGUCACCGAUGUUAAGUCAUUACCACCGCCCAUGCACUCCUAAUUAGGUAAGCCUUAAAAUAUCCACAAAACAACAUUAAAAUUGUAUUUUAUAAUAAGAUCUCUAUUAUACAUCAAUUGUCAUCAAUAUCGAAGUUUCGCAGUAAGUACUUACGAGUAAUAUUUUCUCAUCGUCACACCAUGAAGCCAGCGCGACCAAUGCCAAAAUACUGUUAAUUCACCUUGAACAUAAGAAUUAGCUUUAAGUUGGACGCCGAUUGUUCGCGGUGCCAUGAUAUUUGUAGCGCUGACGGUCAGCAUUACGGCAGCUAUUUUUGUAAUGAUUUUGUCAAUUACGCUGCCAUUGUAAUUGUGUUUUUUUUUCAUUUUGUAAACGUAGACCAUACCUAAAGGCCUUUUCAUAACUACGCCUUAUUAAUAGAUCUUUAUCAGAUUCUAUUAAAAUCCUAUUGAAUUUUUCAUUUUGUUAUAUAAAAAACAACAUUUUUAAAAUUAAAUAAUGUCGCGUUUAUUUUUAUUUUUACGUUUGAGCAGGACAAACUCGGUCACAUAAGAUAACCUUCUCGCCUUCUCUUCGUGAGAAGGUAUCCAUGAGGAUUUCCUCACGUAAAAAAAAGACAAACUUGGUCAGGUUCGUUAGUUAUGCUACGAAUCGAUAUUCUUACAACUCGCAAGUGCGAGUUUCGAAUUCACCUCUAUCUCUCUCUGUUUAACACGAUACUGUAGAAUGAGAAAGAUAGCGAUGUAUUCGAAAUUCGCACUCGCGAGUUAUACAAAACAUCGAGAAUAGUACAGAUAAAAAUAUUUGAUAAGUAGAUAUAGGUACGCGUAACCGACUCAAGGUUAAUUUGGCAAACUAAUGCCAGGCAACUUACACUUUGGUGAACGACAAAUAAAGAGAUUUCACCAGUCCAACGCCUUGAGACCAAUGCCACACACACGGCAGGUAGCUCAGAGAUACUCGUACAACAAAAACUAUUCCUUUCCAGUUUCGUUAAACGGUAAACAAUUACAUGACAAUUGCCUACUCGAGCAAGGUUGUCGCUCACGGAUACGCGUAUUAGGCACUUACCUACAUACGUGAUUGGCACCGAAACCAUUAGAAGUGUGGGAAACAAGUGUUUUUUGUGGCUGACUUAACUUUAAUUAAGUUUCUUUACCUCUAAAUAGUUUUGAUUUAUGAGUAUUAUAUUUAGAUUUACUUCCAGAAGCAACCGCUAUGAAAAAAAAAAUCGUUGAUUCGGAAGUUAGAACUUAAGUUUUUUUCAUUUAACAAUAGCUGUAUCUCGACGACAUACCUGUGCUUAGUGUUGUUUUCUAUAGAUGUGGUAUCAGCAAAGAAACCAGUUUAUUUGCUGACAACACCUAGGUCGUCUCAUGGAUCGGGUCAUAAUGGGAUUUACAAAUAACUACUUUUAAAAAUUAGUACCUAGGUACAUGAAAUUCUAUUGAAAAUGGAAACACUAUCUUUUUUUUUCGUUUCAUAAAAGCGGUCGGAUUUUAAGGGUUGGUGUGAAAGGGCAUUUGGGUUUUCUUUGUCUAAAAAUGUACAAAAGUAGUACUUACCUAUAAAGAUUUUAGGUCAUAUAAAUAUGGUCACUAUAGGUAUAAUAAUUUAUAUUGUCUGAUAUUGAUAAAGAUAUAUAUUUAUAUACGUUUGCAAAUAAUUGGAAUGAAAAAUGGGAGUGUGAAAUAAAUUCUUAUAUAUUUUGAAAACUUUCGUUUUAUUACCCUAGCACAGCACUAAAAUCCUGCCUGACAUACUCCAUUUUAUGUAGCAGCAUGUCUGGCUAUGCUUACACUCUGGCUACCUUAGAAGACAGAAAAAAAGAAAAGAAAAGAAAGAAAAACGAAGGCAUAGCACAAGACGCCAUAAUUUAAUGAGACACCUUUAAAGCAUGUCAUUUAACACGGCAUACACAGAGUGAUUAAUCGCUUAUACGUGAAAUAGUAGUAAUAAUAGUAAACACCUAAAAAGAGUAAUUUUCAACGGCUUCAUUCCUAUGAGCGAUCACACCUCGUGUUUUUCUGUAUUCUGAGGCUCCUACCAUUAUACAUAGCCUAGUACGGUAAGCUUGGAAGGUAAGGUUAAAGAGUCCAGAUGCUUAAUUUAAUAAAAAAAAAACUUUUUGAAAAUUAAUAUUUUAUUGGGUGAAUGUUACAAAUUGUCAAUUUAGAAUUGUUAAAUUUUUGUCCCGUUUCCUCGUUAAAUAAAAAAUGUUACAAAACCACAGCAACUUCGUGUUAAGAGUAGAUUACGGGUAAGAAUAUAUAUGUAUAAAAGUGUUACAUUAAUUAUUCUACAGUAUAUUUUGCAGUGAUGGUAAAGUAGAUCAAUGAUUGAAACUGAAAAGCUGCUAAAUAGGCUGUAUCUAUUUCGUGAUAUUAAUAUAAAGGAAGUAUGUGCAGAUUCCUAGAUUUUUAAGGC